AUGGCGACUAGUGGUUUGAACAGUGUCUUCAGUUUUGAAGGCAGUGGGGUGAAAGACGAUAAUGUUGAAAGACUGUUUAAAAACUUUACGUAUAAAUGCUUACAAAUCGUCGUUCAAUCCCGGAUCGACAAUCAGUCUGUUCGGUCCACUAGGGACUCGUCAACGUCGGAUUAUUUCUGCAUAUCAAUCCCGGAUAACCAGUGCAUUGAGGAACACAUAAGGAAAACACUGGAUGGGGUCAAAUCUUUUCCUGUCCGAGACCGGAGUCUUUGCACAGAGAUUUUCCUGGUGACAAAUGAUAGAGACCAGAUGUUCCUUGAAACAUGGGAACUGAGCUUUAACCAGAAAUGCUUGGACAUGGUUGCAAACAGAAUACAGCAUAUAUUCACACGAAUGAGUGUCACCUUGAAGUCACUUCUUAGUGCAACAAGAGCAAUGCCGGCUUACAGGCUGGCCAGAAAUAAAGAUGGAGGAUACUGGCUGAAUUACCGAUUCUAUAUGGGCACACCUCAGACCCAUUUGUUGGGAGACGGUUACAAGACAGUGCGUGCUGGUGCCGUACCAACAGCUUUUGGUCUGCUGUCAGUCAGCUGCUCGUACCGCACGAAGCUUCUGCUGUCUGCAGAGAUGUCAGCGUCAGCUACAGCUGCCAUUGAGGUUACAGACAACUAUUUUGUGAAUGAGUACAGACCUGCUGCAAUGGUCUCUGAUCCAAAACCGUGUUCACUGCUGAACAGAAGUCCUCUGAGGUCUGAAAGCCCAUACUGUUUUGCUGCAUCCCCAUCUUCGUUAGAGAAUAAUGAUGCAGAGAUUGGACACAGGCUAACUGCUGAUGGAGCUCCAGUCUUGCAGAACAGCAUUUUCAGCAUACCAGAAUUUCCUGAACCAAUUGAAGGAGCUUUCUCAGCCCAGCAGCCAUCAUACCACAGAAGUGUGGCCCAUGGGCUGCCUUUUGAAGGAUUGAUGAAGAGGAGUAUUGUGGCUCGGCAGUUGGUGUCUGCACAGUGCAGAGAUGGUGAAAGUGAUGUAGACGGUGUUUUAUGUCAUAAUAGGAAGACAGGAAAGCAGCAAGAUGAGGAAGAAAAAGAGAAUCAUCUUUAUUCGUCUGUGGAAAUCAUUGCAGACCAGAAGAUAUCUGUGGAAGAUGACUUUGUUAUGAUUGAUAAACCCCCCUUUGCUGCUGAUGAUGACCCACGAGAUGCAAAAUCUUUCUUAAGUGCAAUGUACAGAGCAGCUAACCUGUAUGAGCUCCCGGACUCCAGCAUCACAGUGGCCGACUACCUCAGUGAUGUAGAGGCAUUAGUGUUCAAGCUGGAAGAGGACAUGCCCAGCCUGGAUGACUUCUGCCAGUCAGUCAUCAGUGCUCACAGUAGAGAGGAGGAUGAUGACAUUCCGGUGUUUAGUUGA